AUGCCUUAUUCAUCUUCAGGUGUUUAUUUCAACUCCAGUCAUAAUUGUUCACGUCCUGGUGAUCCUUGCCUUUUAAAUUCAAUCGAUACAAAUCAGUCAGAUGCUCAUUUACUCAAUUGUGGUACUGAAAGUUACACUGUCUCAUCAAAUCCUUAUUCAUCUAGUCGUUUUCCCAGUGUCUGUGAAGGAAUCUCAACAGAUUCAGGUCUACCGUCUAAUUGUCAAGUACGCUCAGUUAUCUCUGGUUAUAGAAAGAUUGGAGAUAACGAUGAUGAGGAUCGUGUUGAUGGCGUUGAUGGAGGUAACAAUUAUGCUGAACACAAUCGAAAAACCUCGAAUAGUACUAUCGAUUCUCGCGUUUUGGACACUUUGAUAUACGAUAGAAAGAAAAAGCGUAUAUUAUAUAUUUAG